AUGGAGAAGAACGGCGAAGCGGCUGCGGAAUGGAGGGUCGCAGUGGCUGUGGACGGCAGCGAGGAGAGCAUGCACGCCCUCGGCUGGAGCCUCCGCAACGUCCUCUCGGCGAGCGCCAAGAACACGGUCGUCCUCCUCUACGCAAGGCCUCCUCCCCCGAUCUACCCAUCCACCGACACCAGCGGUGAGUCCUCGCCCUCCUCCUCCUCCGCCCACUUCUCCCAUAAACCACUGAUCGGCGUACAAACCCAUCGAGAGAUGCGAACAAUCGAUCCUACAGUUUUCCCCUCUUUUCCCUCACUAGUCCGGUAGAUGACUGAAGUUCAUGAUGCCGUGGGAAGCUCGUCGGAUUUUCCCUGUAAGAACUUGGGUUUGAUUCGUUUCCGCCAUGAUCCCCAGAUUCCCGUAGAGAACGGCACGGAUUUUACGACGUCGAAACCGAUUACGUCCCUAAUCUGGAGCUCCCAGAUGCAGGUAACCCCGGUGGGCGAAAAUGCGAUAGAUGCGAAGUCAUCAUCAUCCCUGCGGCUUUAAUAGAUGGGAAGCUUCCAUUACGGUCGACGCCCACCGGGCUUGCUCUUGUUCUCCGCCGUAACCCUCUUUCUUGUCCGAAUUCGACAGGGUAUCUGUUCUCCGACGAGGAGAUCACCACGAUGGAGCAGUACAACAAGGAAGUGGAGAACUCCGUCAUCGACAAGGCCCAGACGAUACUGAAAAACCACGACAACGUCCGGUCCUUUUCCUUCCGCCAUGGGCUCCUCUCUACUUCUCCUUGAUGGGGGGGUUUUCUUAUCUACCUGAUGAUCUUGGUUUAAUCUACCAGAUCAAAGUCGAGAAGAGGAUUGCAACGGGGGACGCCAGGGACGUGAUCUGUGACACGGUGGACAGGGUGGGAGCCGACCUGCUGGUCAUGGGGAGCCAUGGCUACGGCUUCGUCAAGAGGUACCCCUCCCACCCUCUCUUAGAUCGAUCGAACCUUCCCUUCUCCUCACCAUAUAAUAAUCCUCAGGGCGCUGCUGGGGAGCGUCAGCGAUUACUGUAUCCACCACGCUAAGUGCCCGGUGCUGAUCGUGAAGCGGCCGUGA